AUGGCACCACCUCAUCCGCAGCUCACCCUCUUCGUCGACUUCUACGUCCAAGAACACCUCAUCGCAGACUGGAAAGAGGCCCAUCGCCCCGUCUGGGACCACUGCGCCAAGGAGCCAGAAUGUCUUCUUUUCGACGUUUUCGAAGACCCAACAGAUAUUGGACUAUUCAGGCUCGUGGAAGUGUGGAAUGCGACGCAACAAUGGUUCGAGAGCGAGCAGUUGAGCAAGCCUUACUAUGCUACUUUGUGGGAGAAGAGUCGUCCGACGUGGAGGAGGGAGGUUGAGAUUUAA